CUUGGGUUUCGCGCACAUCAAGAUGAAGUACCGCCGCCAUGAUUGUGAAACCAGAGAACAGCUUGCAAAAAUAGUAGAAGGGUCUUCCGUAGGUAACAUGGCUGUAUCUUAUCCACAGUUGUCCUGGCGCGCUUGGAAGAAGUUUCUUGGACAACAUUUCAAGUCCGUAAUCGGCAUAAGAAAAUUCCAGUACUUCAGGUUUGAGGAAGACAAACCAGGUGUCGUCACUGUCAAAACAGCGGCUGGUGCGGAGGAGACAGAAAUAAACAUUCUAAAAAAUAGAGACGUUCGCUUUGAAUCUCAAGAGAUUCCACGGGUUCUUCAGCCGGGUGGUUUGUGUGCAGCAAGCAAGACAUACUUCGAGAAGACACUGCGCCCUUUUAAAUAG